UCCUCCUCCUCCUCCACCCCCCCCUUUCCUCCUCCGCCCGCCCGCGGGGCCCCCCUCGCCUUCCCGCCCGCCCCUAUUGUUCCGCCCCCGGCCUCCCGCCCUUCCCCUUCCCGCCCGCUCCCCUUUUCCCCUCAGUCGCCUCGCGCCUGCAGUUUUUGGCUUUUACCCCCACCAGUGACCAAAGACUUGACCACUCAAAGUCCAGCUCCCAAGAACACUGCUCGACAUGGACACCGGUGUGAUUGAAGGUGGAUUAAAUGUCACUCUCACCAUCCGGCUACUUAUGCAUGGAAAGGAAGUUGGCAGUAUCAUCGGAAAGAAAGGAGAAUCAGUUAAGAAGAUGCGCGAGGAGAGUGGUGCACGUAUCAACAUCUCAGAAGGGAAUUGUCCUGAGAGAAUUAUCACUUUGGCUGGACCCACUAAUGCCAUCUUCAAAGCCUUUGCUAUGAUCAUUGACAAACUGGAAGAGGACAUCAGCAGCUCUAUGACCAAUAGCACAGCUGCCAGUAGACCUCCAGUCACCCUGAGGCUGGUGGUCCCUGCUAGUCAGUGUGGCUCUCUCAUUGGGAAAGGUGGUUGCAAGAUCAAGGAAAUACGAGAGAGUACAGGGGCUCAGGUCCAGGUGGCAGGGGAUAUGCUCCCCAACUCAACUGAGCGGGCCAUCACUAUUGCUGGCAUUCCGCAAUCCAUCAUUGAGUGUGUGAAACAGAUCUGCGUGGUCAUGUUGGAGACUCUCUCCCAGUCCCCCCCGAAGGGCGUGACCAUCCCGUACCGGCCCAAGCCGUCCAGUUCUCCGGUCAUCUUUGCAGGUGGUCAGGACAGGUACAGCACAGGCAGCGACAGUGCGAGCUUUCCCCACACCACCCCGUCCAUGUGCCUCAACCCUGACCUGGAGGGACCACCUCUAGAGGCCUAUACCAUUCAAGGACAGUAUGCCAUUCCACAGCCAGAUUUGACCAAGCUGCACCAGUUGGCAAUGCAACAGUCUCAUUUUCCCAUGACGCAUGGCAACACCGGAUUCAGUGGCAUUGAAUCCAGCUCUCCAGAGGUGAAAGGCUAUUGGGCAGGUUUGGAUGCAUCUGCUCAGACUACUUCUCAUGAACUCACCAUUCCAAACGAUUUGAUUGGCUGCAUAAUCGGGCGUCAAGGCGCCAAAAUCAAUGAGAUCCGUCAGAUGUCUGGGGCGCAGAUCAAAAUUGCGAACCCAGUGGAAGGAUCUACUGAUAGGCAGGUUACCAUCACUGGAUCUGCUGCCAGCAUCAGCCUGGCUCAAUAUCUAAUCAAUGUCAGGCUUUCCUCGGAGACGGGUGGCAUGGGGAGCAGCUAGAACAAUGCAGAUUCAUCCAUAAUCCCUUUCUGCUGUUCACCACCACCCAUGAUCCAUCUGUGUAGUUUCUGAACAGUCAGCUAUUCCAGGUUUUAAAUAGUUUGUAAAUUUUCAGUUUCUACACACUUUAUCAUCCACUCGUGAUUUUUUAAUUAAAGCGUUUUAAUUCCUUUCUCUGUUCAGCUGUUAAUGCUGAGAUCCAUAUUUAGUUUUAUAAGCUUCUCCCUGUUUUUGUUUUUUUUUUUUUGGCUCAUGAAUUUUUUUGUUUGUCAUGGAAAUGUAAGAGUGGAAUAUUAAUACAUUUCAGUUUAGUUCUGUAAUGUCAGGAAUUUUUCAAAAAAAUUAAAAGAUGGACUGGAGCUUUUUUUCUUUGUGAAUAGAAACUGGAUGCCACAGUGA